CGCCCUCCUUUACACGGGGAGGAGUCUCGCUGGAGCUUUUUUUUUUUUAAAGGAAAGUAACUUUGAUCUUGCUGUGGCCACUUUAAAAGACCGUCCGUAACUUCUCUGUCGGUUUCAAGGCGCCCCUCCACCCGGUCCUACGUCAACGCUGUGCUUGAACACACUUUACACAGAAAAAUACGCCACGCGCAAGAAACGUCUGCACUUUUAACCCCAGAAAACAAAAAGUGUGGACAAAAAUAUCAAGUAUUUUCAAACACGUUGAAGCACUUCUAUACGGCCAAAAAUGUGCACUCAAAAUAAUCCCCCAAAAAUAUAUUUAAAUGAAACGUAAAAAAAAAAAAGUAUCUCCACGACAUGAGUUCCCCCGAAUUACACGACCAAAGAGCCCCGAUGCACGUGCGGGGCGACACUCCGCGAGAGCCCCGCGUCCUGCCUGCCUUGUGGCUUUAAGAACGGGGCUUCCUUGAAACCGUCAGGUUCCGUGUCCGCGCGGCCGGAUCGAUUGAACAUGAUUCAACGUAACAACUUUUUAAAAAUAUCUCUCAUAAGGCUUUUAACUUGUUGCACCUUGGCGCGGUCCACUUUUUUGCACGCUCGUUUCUUAAAGUCAGUCGUUCAGUAUGCGCGUUGGCGGUCAGGGAGUGGCAAAUAAUAAAUAGUUUUCUUUCCCUUUUUUUUUUUUAAAGCCAUAACACCUCCAACACUUUUUACCUUUUUUUUAAAAAAAUACAGCAAUAACGUCCUUUUGUCUUUUGAGUGACGGAUCUAAUGGACCAUUCGCCGUCGAUAAUCACGCAAGUAACCAGAGACGAGGAGGAAAAUGCGACUCGUCGCGCGGACGGUGACGGCGACGCUUCCCCGCCCAAGAAGCCUCGCAGCAGAGGCCUUCUGCGCAAUCUCUUCUGCUGUCUUUGUAGCAAGGAAUCGGAUCCACCGUCACUAAAAAACAAUGCCCCCCUCCUGGUCGAGGAAAAUGGAAGUCCGUCAAAGGUACCAGCAAAACCGUUGCUCCCACGGCUGAACUCGACUGAUGCAGGGAAGAUCUGUGUGGUCAUUGAUUUGGAUGAAACGCUAGUGCAUAGUUCAUUUAAGCCAGUGAACAAUGCUGAUUUUAUCAUUCCAGUGGAAAUUGAUGGAACAGUUCACCAGGUGUACGUGUUGAAGAGACCCCACGUCGACGAGUUCCUCCGGAGGAUGGGCGAGUUGUUCGAGUGCGUCCUGUUCACGGCGAGCUUAUCCAAGUACGCCGAUCCCGUGUCGGACCUGCUGGACAAACGGGGGGCUUUCCAGAGCCGUCUGUUCCGGGAGUCCUGCGUCUUCCACAAAGGGAACUACGUUAAAGACCUGAGCCGGUUAGGACGGGACCUCAGCAAGGUCGUCAUCAUCGACAACUCCCCAGCGUCCUACGUCUUCCAUCCCGAAAACGCAGUCCCCGUGGCGUCCUGGUUUGACGACAUGGCCGACACGGAGCUCCUCGAACUCAUCCCCUUCUUCGAGAGACUAAGCAACGCGGACGACGUCUACGGCGCUCUGCAGCAGCCGAGGACUUCGAGUUAACGGAGGCGGGACACUCGGUUGAAAACAAUCCUCCAGCCGCCACGGGGCCACGGGGGCCACAGGCUCCACGCUGCCUCCUUUUACAAGGACCACACUGCAACAUCAAGAAGCUUCUUUUCAAUCUGGUAUUCUCACCGUAUAUCGCGUCAAAAAAGGUGAAAAGCGAUCUUCCAGCAGGGUUUGGUACUUAUUGGAAGUCAUCCAAUCCAACGGUGAUUCUCUUUUUUUUGUUUUUUGUAAUGCUCCAUAAGGACUGAAUACCAGAUUCAAUGACCUGUAGAUAUCCUUUGCAGUGCAGCUAGUGUAUUGUUGUUGUUGUUCUGUGACAGCAGUGACCCGUGUAGACCUAGGUUGUUGUUUGGUCAUUUUCAUUUUAGAAUAGUGGUUCUCAUAAUUUAAAAAGUUCUUGAAGAUUGAUCCUUAAACCUGAUUAACUUGCUUUUUUUUUUUACUAAAAUGGCUAACGUAUAUAUAUUAAGUAAAAGACAAUCAUUAACAUAAGAAUAUUCAGAUUUAAUAUUCUUAAUUUAAUAAUAUCUACAACAGGUCUUUGCACAUUUCACUAAGAAGCAGAUAUAUUUAUGCGAUGUCUUUGGAAAGUUUUGAGCCGAUGACGUUUGUGGUCGACCUUCAGCUCCAAAAAGACGCCACAGACUUCCGCGUUUUCCAUUUUCAGAUUGAAAAGCAGCCGUUGCGGUAAUCUGAUUGUUCCACUACUUUACAGAUGACGGAUGAGGUCGAAUCACGAAUGUUCUAACGUAUAAUAACAUAUACUUAUAAUUUAAUAUUUUGUCUUGUGCCCAGUCUGGUCUCAAAACACCCUAAUGUUGUUGUUUAUUAGUUGACCUAAAACUUGCAUAUUAACAAACCUUUAAAAAAAACCAAAAAAAACAAUCACAUCUGGAUCUCUUGGACUAUUCUGGAUUAGCACCGAGAAAACCGGUCCACUGCACCCUGAUUGGACGGUUCACACGGACUCACUACUGCGGAUACACAUGGUGAGAUGAUGCAUAUACAGGAUAUAUCUGGAUUUUAGGCAGUUCUGUUGAUUUGGUUUUAAUGUUGUUUUUAGUCCUCUCUCUCUGUGUGUGUGUGUGUGUGUGUGUGUGUGUGUGUGUGUGUGGAACGUUGACAAUAUGUGAAAAAUCCUGAACUUUAUUUUAAUAAUUAUAUUUUUAUUUUUUACUUUAUGCAACAAGAAUAUUAAUGUUUUGACUCGAGUAAAGGAACCGGCUUUUAAAUUGCUGCUGAUUGUAAGAAGAAGAAAAAGAAAAAAAAGACUGCUAUAGAUAUUUUCACCUUGCGUCAAUAAAGCAUGUUUUAUUGUCAUGUCA